UUUGCUCCCAAAUACCUGAGUUUGUUUUUCCCUAACAAUAAAAGAAAAAAGCAAUCCCUAAUGAUGAAGGCUUUUCAUAAUCUCCUUUCAUUCAAGAAGAUAUAAAAUCUGUUCUAGCCAAAGGCAAAAAGAAUGGCAACAAGAUCAAAAGACAUAGCUCCUGCAGGGAAGGAGAAGAGAGGAACAUCACCAAUACAUCACCAGAGAAGCACAACAAACACAUCAAAAACAACAUCCCCUGUACGAAAACAACCUGAUCGAACAUUAGCAACUAGUUCUUUAAACAAGAAUGUUCCUAGCUACCUCAAACCAACAAUUGCUCAAGCCAAGAAGACUGCAUCUUCAAGUGACCUGCACAAUACUCACAGUACCAAAACUUCUAAUCUAGCUCGAAGAAGAUCAUUCGAUAAUAAGACUCCCCUACCUUCUUCCUCGCCAAAAACCCGAAUUUCCCCUAGUCCUAAGGAGAGAAUUCCUCGUUCAUCGUCGUCUUUAUCAAGCAAGACUUCCACUUCCCAGAAACCCCUUUUGGAUAGAUUCUCAAAAACUACUACAAGUAAGGAUGUCAUUGGCAGACAACGCAGUGCUGGGCUGACUUCUAGGCCAGUGACCAAAAAGAAGACGACCACAACCACGACCAGGAAGCACGAUAGUGCUAGUGGUUCAACUACAAAAGCAACAGUAACGGCAAAUUCUCCAGAUAUAGCUCAGAAUGUCAUUUCUCAUGAGGGUGAACAGUCAGAGCCAGAGGAUCAUCAAGAACUUACAAUUCAUGAAACUGAAAAGGAAACGAUCACAUGUGAAAAUGAAAUGAUUGCUGAUUCUGAUGCAGAGGAGAAUGAGAAUGAUUCAGCAACGGAGGAUCACAUUGAAGAGCUUAUUAAUGAAAAUGUAAACAGUGCUGAAUUGGAGGACAUCAAGACUGCAGCUGAAUUAUCCACACUAGUGGAAAAUCCAGAAAUCAAAACUGAAGAACCAGAAGAAAUCAACAAUGAACCUGAUUCAUCAGAGAAGGAAAAAGAAGAACCCACUAUAAAUGCAUCAGAGGAGAAUCAAGAAUUGAAAGAGGAGGACGAAGGAACAACCCACGAAAAAGAAAGUCCCAUGGUAGAAGAAACCAAAAGUCUCAGUCCCAAGCAAGUUGGAGUCGGGGUAGAAGAAAGUACAGAAGCAGAACCAGUGAAAAAUACAAGUGUGGCAUCAUCAAAAUCUCAACAUCACGUGGUCCAAGGAAAGAAAAUGGAAUCCGCGGUUUCAAAUAAUGUGAUUGAAGAGACUGCAAGCAAACUUAGGGAGCAAAGGAAGAACAAAGUGAGAGCACUGGCUGGUGCUUUUGAAACCGUCAUUUCCCUGCAAGAGCCCAAAUGAGUACUCAUCUAUUCUUAAAUUUGUGCAUCGUCCCUUGUUGUAUGCUUAUAGUUUUCCAAAAGUAAUACUGUACUACUUUAAAUUCUUUAAGUGGGAGUUUUAAUUGUUUUUCAUACAGUAUGUGAAACAGUAGGCAACAAUUGUUGUUUAUGCUAUUUUUCCAAUGUUUAACCCCCACUUAUUUACAUGAAUAUUAUAAAUAGGGAAGCAAAAGACAAGUUUUUUUCGCUUAUUCAAUGGUCACUUGACAUGUUAUAACAAAUUAAAUUACACUGUCAAUCUAUACAAAUUAAAGU